CUUCUUUGCUAGUUUAACCAAAUUGGCGGAGUGAAGGGGCGAAAGAGGUAUGGCUCGACCUGUUCCUUUGAACCCAGCUUUCCUACCUCCAACUUAUGGGGUGCUGAAAUCCCUGCUGGAAAACCCGCUCAAGCUGCCGCUGCAUCACGAAGACGCAUUUUAUAAAGAAAAAGACAAAGACAAAAAACUGGAUGACGACAGCACCAGCGCCACUGUCCCACAGUCUGCUUUUCUGGGGCCUACAUUAUGGGACAAGACACUUCCCUAUGAUGGUGACACUUUCCAGUUGGAAUACAUGGACCUGGAAGAAUUUCUCUCAGAGAAUGGCAUCCCUCCCAGUCCAGCCCAGCACAACCACAGCCCUCAUCAACCAGCUCUUCAGCAACCUACCUCAGCCUCACCAUCUGUCAUGGACCUCAGCAACAGAGCAUCCACAUCGGUCCACCCGACUAUGGUUUCCCAAAACUGCAUGCAAAAUACAGCCAGGCCAGGUCAGAUCUUGCCUACAAACCGAAACACGCCAAGUCCCAUUGAUCCCGACAGCAUUCAGGUUCCAAUUGGGUAUGAACCAGACCCUGCCGAUCUUGCUCUUUCUAGCAUUCCUGGUCAGGAAAUGUUUGACCCUCGCAAGCGCAAGUUCUCUGAGGAGGAGCUCAAGCCCCAGCCGAUGAUUAAGAAAGCUCGCAAAGUCUUCAUUCCCGAAGAUCUGAAGCAGGAUGACAAAUACUGGGCAAGACGUAGAAAGAACAACAUGGCUGCCAAGCGUUCCAGAGAUGCCCGGAGGCUGAAGGAAAACCAGAUUGCUAUCCGUGCCUCGUUCCUUGAGAAGGAGAAUACAGCCCUGCGCCAGGAGGUGGCUGAACUACGGAAGGAAUUGAGCAAAUGCAAGAGCGUCCUUGUCAAGUAUGAAGCCCGGCAUGGUCCUCUCUAA